AUGUCCAAGGCCACCUUCGCGGCCAUCGCUGCCGCCAGUGCCGCCACGGGCGCCGGUCUGACGGCUCUCUUCUACUCCCCUCGACCCCAACCACAACAGCAGCAACAACUCCCCCAACAACAACUUCCUCCUCACCCUCCGACUACUUCCUCCGCCAAACUCCCCGCUCCUCAACCCGCCGCUCCCUCUCUCGCCCCCAAACCUACCCCAACCAGCGGCUUCCCCGUCGACCCAGCCGGCAUCUACCAGUAUGGCUUCCCCGGUCCCGUGGCCGACACCCUCCUCUCCGCACCCCUAGCAGGCGCCUACGACCGUCGCACACGCAACCCGUCCUGGGUCGCCGAACACAUCACCCCGCAGUCGCUCGCACAGAAGAACGCCGACCGCAAGGGCAGCACAUUCUUCGAAGACACCACGAUCCCGCCGCUCUUCCGUGCCAAGCUGUCCGACUACUUCCGCUCCGGCUAUGACCGCGGCCACCAGGUGCCCGCCGCGGACGCCAAAUGGUCGCAGGACGCCAUGGACGCGACCUUCGCACUGUCGAACAUGUGCCCGCAGGUCGGUGAGGGAUUCAACCGCGACUACUGGGCCCACUUUGAGGAGUUCUGCCGUGACUUGACGAAAAAGUACCCCUCCGUCCGGGUGGUUACUGGCCCUCUUUACUUGCCUCACCGCGAUCAAGAUGGAAAGUGGCGUGUCUCGUACGAGGUUAUCGGAAACCCGCCGAAUGUUGCUGUCCCCACGCACUUCUAUAAGGUCGUGUAUGCGGAGGAGGGCCCUGCUACGGCGGGCAAGGUUGCGCUGGGCGCGUUUGUGCUGCCUAAUGCGAGGAUCUCGAAUGAUAAGCGUUUGACGGAGUUUGAGGUGCCUCUUGAAGCUGUGGAGCGCGCUAGUGGACUUGAGUUUGCGGCGAAGUUGGAUGCUGGGCGCAGGAAGAGGCUGUGCCAGGAGGUCAAGUGUGAUGUUGUCGUGAGGGAGUUCAACAAUGCCAGCAAGAAGAAAUAA